UUUUCUCAGUCUUACGGUCUGCCUUAUUUUUAUGUUCUCAGGACCAAGUGGAAACGACAAACGGCAGUUGGUUUGGAAUUGUUGGCCGAGGCUGGCAACUAUGCCGCUUUCCAACGGCUCUACGGAGGACCGCCGUACGGCUGUUGGCCUUAUCCAGGAGGUGCCGCAGGGGCGGGUGGUAGUGGCUCUGGCCCCGGCAGCGCCCCGUCGGCCGCCGACUUGUAUUACCGACAAGCCGCCGUAGCCGCAGCGGCCGUAUCCACGCUACAGAAGCCGUUGGCGUACCGACUGUACCCGGGUAUGGCCGGCGGUCCUGGAGCCGGUGGACACCAUAUACCGCCACCGCCACCGCCGACUCUGGCGCACCCACUUUACUACGGUGUCCAUCACCCCGCAGCGAUGCCACACAUGCCAGGCGGCCGCAGCCCGACACCUGAACCGCACAGGUCUGCCCACGCUUCACCCAGGUCCAUGGACAGCAGGCCCGGGUCCGUAGACGUUGAAGACGAUCGUUCUAUCGACUCGCCCACUGUGGACGUCUAAUACACGAUCUGCACGCAACCAUCACGGGGACACAACACACACACACACACAUACACACCAUUACCUAGUCGUCGUUUUUCUCCUUAGUUUUAAAACAUUGUACUUAAUGUUUUUUUGUAUGUUACAACUGUACAUUAUUAUCAUUUUGCGUUUUAUUAUUAUUGUAUACUCUCUAAAGUAUUUCGUCGACCGGAAGCCGCAAUUUUUUAAUUGUACCGUACGAGUACAAAAAUACAUUGACUUAUUAUAAUUUACAUUUAAUCUCAUCGCUUUUACCGCGAAAUAAAAGUAAAAAUUAUAUCGAUUAAUGAAUUAUUAAUAUCGUUUAUAGUGAAAAAUAUCGCAAUUUAAUUAUUCAUGUACCGGUUGUGAGUUGUUCAAUAAUAAUAAUACAUACUCUUGUUUUUGUUACUGAGUAGUUCAUAGUUAUUUUUGUAAAUAAUAGAAAGCAUUGGUGUAUUAUUAGAGACUUAAACGGCCGAUUCUCAUUUUGGACGUUCUGUUCACAUAAUAUUAAAUGAGUUAUGAAAACUCUGCUUACAACUUUAAUGAUUAAUAAUAGAUUAUAAAUUAUUUUAAUUAAUUAAACGGAUAGAACAAAUUGAAAAAAAAACACAUUUUUUUUUUAUUUAUUUAUAUAUUAGGCUGUUAAGUAUAUACAUAGUAUUAUUAUAUAUAUAUAUAUAUGACAAAAUGUAAUAUGUUAUAUACGUAACAAAAUAAAAUUGUGCAAUGUUAUAUGUAAUUAGGCAUAUGUAUUUUUUAAUAUAAAAAUAGUUGUUUAGGUUAUAGAGAUCAGUACGUGUAGUCAAGUCGAUUUGACAGUGCCAAAAAAUUAGUGCAAAAUUUUGAACGCUUCGUUAUAAUUAUUUAUGUACAUUAUUUACUGUUACUAUAUUAUAUACAUCAUAUGUACGCCACGGGGAAAUAUCGUUUUCCAACCGACAUAAACUCUAUGUGAGUGCAAACUGGUCGUACUUACCUAUUCUAUUUACAAUAUUAUAAGUAUUCGAUGUACUAUUUCUAUAUAUAUAUAUAAAUAUGAGUAUAUUAUUUAUAUACAUUUAUUGAUCCGAUUGAACGUGUAAAUAUUUAAAUUUUCGUUACAUCAAAAAUAAAUAAUA